AUGAGGCUGGAGGCCGCAGCCAGGAUGGAUCUGUUCAGGAAGCUGUGGAAGGCGAGGAAGCUGAUCCUUGUCGUGUUCAUCCCGCUGUCCCUGCUGCCCUUACCGCUCAUCCACCCCACCAGCGAGGCAUGUUGUGCAUACGUGUUGAUGGUGACGGCAGUCUACUGGGUGUCCGAGGCUGUUCCUUUGGGUGCUGCUGCUCUGGUCCCAGCGUUCCUCUACCCGCUCUUUGGAGUACUGAAGUCAAGCGAGGUGGCAGCAGAGUACUGUAAAGACACCACUCUGCUGCUGAUGGGAGUCAUCUGUCUGGCGGCCUCCAUAGAGAAGUGGAACCUGCACAAACGCAUCGCUCUGCGCAUGGUGAUGAUUGCAGGAGCAAAGCCUGGCAUGCUGGUGCUGGGCUUCAUGUGCUGCACAGUGUUUCUGUCCAUGUGGCUCAGCAACACGUCCACCACAGCCAUGGUGAUGCCCAUAGCGGAGGCCGUCCUGCAGCAGCUGAUCUGCACCGGUCUGGCUGACAGUCAUGAUGACUCUGAGACAGGAGAGGCCCCUGAGGAGGACAGUGGCGUUUCUGGCAAAGAAGAGAGUCUGGACAAGAACCAGUUAGAGCUGCUGUAUCGCAACAACAGCAAUGACUGCACCAAACAGGAGCUCUCUACACUAAGUGAGGCACAGACUGGUGAGGUCAAUGGUUUGGGUCUGAAACCGAUCUCCAGUCAGGAUUUUAUAACACACACCAACGGACAUCUGCCACAGGUUGCCAUUGAAAUCCCAAAUGUGAAGCGGGUGAAGAUGAGGAGAGACUCUCAGUAUCCCACCAAGAGGGAUCACAUGAUCUGUAAAUGCCUGUCACUCAGCAUCACCUACGCUGCCACCAUCGGAGGACUUAUCACCAUCACCGGGACAUCAACCAACCUCAUCUUUGCUGAGCAGUUUAACACUCGUUAUCCAGAUGCGAAGGUGAUCAACUUCGGCACAUGGUUCAUCUUCAGCUUCCCCAUCGCCAUCAUCAUGCUGGUCCUCACCUGGCUGUGGCUGCACUUCCUCUUCCUGGGCUGCAACUUCAGAGAAACAUGCUCACUGAGUAAGAAACGCAAAACCAGGAGAGAGAUGCUGUCAGAGAGGAGGAUCCAUGAGGAGUAUGCAAAAUUGGGGCCCAUCAGCUAUCCAGAGGUGGUGACCGGUGUUUUCUUCAUCCUGAUGACUCUGCUGUGGUUCACCAGAGAGCCUGGUUUCGUGCCCGGUUGGACGUCUCUCUUUGAAAAGAAAGGCUACAGAACCGAUGCAACAGUGUCUGUCCUUCUGGGCUUUCUGCUCUUCCUCAUCCCUGCCAGGAGACCCUUCUCCUCCUCCUCCUCCUCCAGCUGUAGAAACUCAGAUGAUGACUCAGAGUCUGACCCUCUGGCUCCCAUGAUCACCUGGAAGGACUUCCAGAGACUGAUGCCGUGGGAGAUCGUCAUCCUGGUGGGAGGAGGCUAUGCACUGGCGGCUGGCUGCAAGGUGUCGGGCCUGUCAGUGUGGAUUGGCAGACAGCUGGAGCCCAUGAGUGGUCUUCCUCCCUGGGCAGUCACCCUGCUGGCCUGCCUGCUGGUCUCAGCGGUCACCGAGUUUGCCUCGAACCCAGCAACUCUCACCGUUUUCCUGCCCAUCCUGUCAGCACUGUCAGAGACGCUGCACAUCAACCCCCUCCACACUUUGAUCCCGUCCACCAUGUGCGUGUCAUUCGGGGUCAUGCUUCCAGUGGGGAACCCCCCCAACGCCAUCGUCUUUAGUUACGGCCACGUGCAGAUCAGCGACAUGGUGAAAGCAGGUUUCGGGGUUAACCUGAUUGGUGUGGCAGUGGUGAUGUUGGCCAUCACCACAUGGGGGGUUCCCCUCUUCAAUCUGACUGAGUUUCCUGCCUGGGCAAUGGCCAGGAACGUCACCGGGAGCUUAUAACCACCGACGUGCUGAGGGCCAAUGGCAAGAACAGAAAUGAAUUACUGAGAGACAGAAGGAGAGAAAACGAUUGGGCAAAGAUUUCUGUGUGGAAAGACAAUAAGAAAAUGACAUAUGGUGUGUCAAGAGGAUGGUUUUGUUCAGAGGUCGACUGAUUGAACUGGCCUUACAGGAGGAAGAUGGAUGGGGGAAAGGAGAAGAAGAGGUGAAGGAAGAACUAUAAUCUGUUGCAUUAAAAAAGGUUUUAUUUGCAUUGGCCAUAUAGAGGUGUUAUGAGGAACGCCUUAUUUAAAGUGAUCUCUGGGGGAAGCUCAAAACACCCAACAGAAACUUUUUUUUAACUUCUGUUAUUGCAAUUUGACAGAAAUCCUACUUUCAGUGAAUCAUUAAUAACCACAAACAUGUUUGUGGUGAUCAAGAACUGAUGUUCUGUUUUCUGAUUUAUAAUAGAAACAAUGAUAAGUUCUGUUUUGAUGUCUGGAAAGUACUUUCAGAGCCACGUCAUGCCUUCUUCUGUGGAUUACUUGAUGUUUAGAUGGAAAUAAGCUGCAUGGCCACUGUAGGCAAGCCUCUUUUUCAUGCACGCUUGCUGAACUUAACCUCUGCCGCACUUAAAUCGAUUGUUGCCUAGAUCACAUACAUUUUAACAGGGUGGGCUGACAAAUUUACACUCUAGUGUAAAAAUAAGAUCUGACUAUUCAAGCACGAUAAAAGGCAUGAAAAGAGGUGUCUACUAUGGCUGCUGGUGUACUGUAUACAUAGAGGUACUGUACUUAUUAUCAAGCCUUUUAUAUGUACUCACUAUCUCUGCGUAAGAGGCUGUAUGCCUUCCUAUAGAGAGAGAUAAAAUCCUAUACUGUUCAUGUCUGUUCUUAGCUGCUACUGAUAUUGUGUUGAAAAUCUUGGCUCUCUUAAUAUCUGACUGAUGUCUUUACCAAAGUUUCUGAAGCUGAUGUUGUGCCCUGGUAUGCUGUGGACAUCUGAUUGUUGUUGGUUCAUUUUAAAGCACCUAGCAGUGCAUUCACCAUGUUGGUGCCUGUCAUAAACAGUUUGCCUCCACUGGGUCACCCUGACAGUGUUAGGACCUUUCUGUGAUCUCAGAGCAGUGAAGGGCCAGAGAACUCUACCUUCCUCCCUAAAUCAUGGAAAGCAAUAGCGUAAUAGUUUUUAAUAUGGUGUUUGUCAGCUGUGUGCCUGUACUUCAUGCAAUAUCAAGAAUGUCCAAUAUACUAUAUUUGCAGUAUGGAUUUGUCCUGAACUGGCUGACUAAAAACAUCAUCGUAUUUUAUGCUACACUGAUUUCUGUAGUUUUUCAUUACUUUUCAGCGUAGAAUCUUGUACACAGACUCUUGCUAUUGUUCUGUGUGUCCAGCAGGGUGCUUUGGAUUCUACAAAUCAGGCCCCUACCUGAGCAAGCAUUUCUAAUCAGCACACAUUUUGUCAAAUUAAGUGACAUCUGUCUUAAACCGCACACUGUAUAAAAAAGAUCUGAAAGGUGAAGCCAGUGUAAACAUUUAAACCUGCAUUCUUUCUAUCAGCCAACAGGAAGCAACUCCUCUGGUUGUAAAAAGAAGUGACUGUACAGAAGUCUAUGAGGAAAUGCCCCAACUUCUCACUUGAUUUGAAACCUCAGUAAAGCUUUUCCUGUUCAGUUUAUAGUCUUUACUUAUAGUUUCAAGACUUUUUCAAUACAGCAUGACUUUCAUUUUAUAGAGUGUUGUUCUAUUUAGAAUAAAUUAGACCAUAAAGAAGGAUGUAUUUUGUGAUUGACAGCUUGGUACUCUAUGGGUGUGUGCUCUUGAGUUCUCCAUCAGAUCCACCCCUUGUUUGUUACAUCUCAUUUCAAAAGACAAUAACUUGAAACUUCUCAACAGUCGUCCACAAACCAAUGGGUGAUGUCUCAAUGGCUACAACCUUCUUUUCUAUACAGUCUGUGUCUACAACCUGUGUGCUAGAUGCUGCUUUUUGUCUUAUUGAAUGUAUUCUAAAACAUCAAAAACUAGAUGAAGUCAAAAAAGGAUUUUUUUUCCCUUGCUGAGGUCCUGAGUUAUGGCAAUACGAUCUUCAGCAGUGAACAUUACGUUGUGUUGGUCCUGCUAAUAAACAACUACAGUGAAUUAGUUUUUUUAAAUGAAGUUUUCACUUUUGACUGUAAGGAAACAGGACAACUGUAUCCGGUCUUCACUUAGAGGAUUCUCCUGGCAUGUGAAUGCAGAAUGAAAUACAGUAGAGUUGUAAGCAUCAUAGUAUAAGAGUGAAUACAGGGUUGUAUGGUGCAGAAGUCUGUUCAAUCAGCUGUCAAAUCACAAUAACUGUUGUCUGGUGGUGAAAAGGUUUGCACAAAACACUCACUGUACUGUGCAGAACUGUUAAAGAUAUGCUUUAUAUUUUUACACAAAUUUUAAAUAUAAUUUGUGACAUUUUUUAUAUCACUACAUUAUAAGUAUAGGCGUCAGCGCGGGUUAAAUCAGAGGCCUACGUUUUUCUUGUGUAAUUUAUUCACUUCUACUGAAGGUUUCAUACAUCUCAAUGUUGUGUUGCAGCAGUGACCUUUGACCAAGGGGCCACACUCCUCUGUAAAUACAUACAGGUUUGUAAUAUAAGCAUAAUGUGCCUUUGCUGUUUCAGAUGAGCUGUAACAUUUUUAAAUUGUGUUUUACUUUGAUAAUGCAUUCAUAUCCAACUACGGCAAACUAGAGUUAGGAUGACACAUUAUGUAUGUACAACAAUAAAAAAACUAAAACCA